AUGGAUGCUGUUGAAUUUGAAAAAGUCUACCUUCGUAUGCUAGAGUUGGAGCUGGAGUUGGUCGAGUUCCAGGAGUCCAGCAAAGACCUCGAACUAGCCCUCGAGGACGAGCUCCAUGAUCUAGAAACUCAGAAAUCCACGUUGGUUCACCAAUUGCUGUCCAAGGAUAAACAGAUUUCGAUGCUCAACUCUAGGGUCAUAUCCUUGAACUCGGAAGUGACUGGCCUUCUGGAGUUGUUGGUCGAGACUAAGUCCGCCUACGAGGAAACAAUUGCGGAUCUCAAGCAUAAACUCGUAGCAAUGGAGAUUCUGAAUGAUGAUUUCCUUUCGAGAGACCGAGUCGUCGAGAGCAAGCUUCAGCUAGCCAACCAAUUCAACAAUGAGCUCCUUGAAAAGUUGGCCAUGGUGGAGAACGACCUUGACCUCGAACGACAAGCCAAUGCGCAGCACAAACUCACAAUAUCCAAUCUCAGCAAUAUCACUGCCCAUCAACCAGUACGACUCACCCGCAGUAAGCGUGACAGCACUUUCAGGGACUUUGCGUUUGCCGAAAGCACCGUUCUAGAUAUAGACGAAAUGCUUGCUACAGAACCUCCAGCGCCCAUGGUGGAGGCUGAAUUCCCGCGCUCGGAGUCUCUAACCCGGUUCCAAGAGCUAUGUUCAAAGUCUGAUAUCUUGAGACAAAAAGUAGGAGAAGUGAACACUUCCCUCGCCUUCAAGUCACUUUCUACGGCUGAGGUGAGCAAACCCAUGGCCUUGUCGUUUCCAUCCGAGGGCCUGACCUCGUUUGCCUCUGCAAUUUCAGACGUAGGAGAAGCUCAACCGAUCACCGAGAAGACGCGCAAAAAAGAAGCAAGAAGAAGUGUGUCUGAGAAGGGCAAAGACCGCUUAUCUCUACAAGCUACGCAGACACGCCUGGACGAUGGUAGACAUAAAGGCAUGCAUGUGAUCCCUGAGCUAGGUCGAGGGUCAUCCAAGAAGUUUAAGCUACGAAAUGUGAUGAAAAGCUUUUUGUCGUGA